AAAAGCAUUUCCAGCAACCCAAACACGGCCUUAAAGCCAAAAACCAGAAACCACCCCUCCCAAAGAAAGGAGUUAAACCCUAGAACUUUCCCCCGUUGCACUCUCAGCUCUCUCUCUCUCUCUCUCUCUCUCUCUCUCUCUCUCUUUGAACUCUCACGAAAAACUCAUUUCGCGCAAACAGUAACUGAAUCCACAAUGUCGUCCAUGAUGCAACCCCAGAUUAUCCUUCUCAAGGAAGGGACUGAUACAUCCCAAGGGAAACCACAACUAAUAAGCAACAUGAAUGCGUGCAUGGCUGUGGCUGAUGUUGUACGAACGACUCUUGGUCCAAGAGGCAUGGACAAAUUGAUCCAUGAUGACAAGGGGACCACCAUAUCUAAUGAUGGUGCCACCAUAAUGAAACUUCUUGACAUCAUCCAUCCUGCUGCAAAGAUCCUUGUAGAUAUUGCAAAGUCCCAAGAUUCUGAGGUUGGUGAUGGAACCACUAGUGUAGUUCUGUUUGCUGGAGAAUUCCUGAAGGAAGCAAAGCCGUUUAUUGAAGAUGGGGUUCAUCCUCAGAACCUUAUUCGCAGUUACCGAACAGCUUCUAAUUUGGCUAUUGCAAAGAUUAAAGAUUUAGCUGUUAGCAUAGAGGGAAAAAGCAUGGAAGAAAAGAAGAGUUUACUGGCUAAAUGUGCUGCUACAACACUAUCCUCUAAGCUCAUUGGUGGUGAAAAGGAGUUCUUUGCAACCAUGGUGGUAGAUGCUGUCAUUGCCAUUGGGAAUGGUGAUAGGUUGAACAUGAUUGGAAUCAAGAAGGUUCCUGGAGGUACCAUGAGGGACUCUUUUCUUGUGAAUGGUGUGGCCUUCAAAAAGACCUUCUCGUAUGCCGGUUUUGAGCAACAGCCAAAGAAAUUUGUAAAUCCCAAGAUACUUUUGCUAAACAUAGAAUUGGAGCUAAAAUCGGAGAAAGAAAACGCUGAGAUAAGAUUGUCAGAUCCAUUACAAUAUCAAUCAAUCGUAGAUGCAGAAUGGAAUAUCAUUUAUGACAAGUUGGAUAAAUGUGUGGAAAGUGGAGCUAAAAUUGUUCUGUCACGACUUGCUAUUGGUGAUCUGGCAACUCAGUAUUUUGCAGAUCGUGACAUAUUCUGCGCUGGUCGUGUUACUGAAGAAGAUUUGUUGAGGGUUGCAGCGGCUACAGGUGGAACUCUUCAGACCACUGUGAACAACGUAAUCGACGAGGUUCUUGGAACUUGUGACCUGUUUGAGGAGAGGCAAGUUGGAAACGAGCGAUUUAACAUAUUUAGUGGAUGCCCAUCUGGUCAGACUGCCACAAUUGUUCUUCGUGGUGGAGCAGAUCAGUUUAUUGAGGAGGCUGAGCGAAGUUUACACGAUGCGAUUAUGAUUGUUCGAAGGGCUAUGAGAAAUUCUACUGUAGUUGCUGGUGGCGGUGCUAUUGAUAUGGAGAUAAGCCGAUAUUUGAGGCAGCAUGCACGUACCAUUGCUGGAAAGUCCCAGCUCUUUAUAAAUGCUUAUGCUAAAGCCCUUGAGGUAAUCCCAAGGCAACUGUGUGACAAUGCUGGUUUUGAUGCGACUGAUGUGUUGAACAAACUGAGGCAGAAGCAUGCUCUUGCAUCUGGUGAGGGUGCCUCUUAUGGUGUGGACAUCAACACUGGUGGAAUUUCCGAUUCCUUUGCCAACUUUGUGUGGGAGCCUGCAGUUGUGAAGAUUAAUGCCAUAAAUGCAGCUACUGAAGCAGCUUGCCUGGUCUUGAGUGUUGAUGAAACUGUUAAAAACCCCAAGUCUGAGAGUGCACAAGGAGAUGCUGGUGCUAUGGGUGGUGGUAGAGGUAGGGGUCGUGGCCGUGGAAUGAGGAGGAGGUAAAUUCAUAGAUAAGCCCUGUUCAACUUCUCUCUCUAUGAUGAUACUCUCAACCAAUUUUACUUUCCCCUCUUAUUUUGUUCCGAAUUUUAUAUGUUUUGGCUAAAUCUAAGUUUUGGUAGUUUUGUAUGUUUAUUUGAUGUGUUUGUAUUUUGCCAAUUUUGAACUUUAUUGCAGCGUUUAGAUUGCUAUUCACAAACAAUUAAUUGCUUUUAAGUUAUUUGGUAUUUCGGAUUGUAGCAGGUCUGAUUUUUGUUUUUUUCUGAUGGAUUAAUAGCUUAGAUGGAUGUGGCUUUGAUCUU